UAAACUGCCCACGCUGUGCCAGCCCUAGAAUCCUUCUCGUCUUCUGUCUGUUAGAAGAUCCAUAGCAAGGAGUGAGUCCAAACCCCAGUUGUCUUGUGUGGGUGUUCUUUCUCCUACUACUCAAUAACCCCAUUAUUCCUGCAGCCAUGGUGAGACCCUGGCACCUUCUUAUCCUGCCAUGUGCCCUGUCAAUACUCGCAGGGACUGCUGAAGAGGAAUUUGAAGUCACCAUUUCUCCUCCGAUGACUGCAGUCAGAAGAGGAGAUUCUGUCUGGCUAAACUGCAGCUCCACCUGUAAGACCACCUCCAGCUUGAGCCUAGAGGCACGCCAAAAAAGCAUGAAAGGACUUCAUGAGCCUGGCUGGAAGUCUGCUCAGUUCCUCAAUUUCACAGAAGAGAUGUCACAUGUUUCGUGCGAUAUUACAUGCAAUGGGACAACAAAGAAAGCAAACGCCACCAUCUUAACUUACAAGGAGAUAUUACUAAAGCUUGAGAAGUCAUCACCAAGCCAAAAUCUUCACCAAGCCUACAACCUGACAUGCCAUGUGACAGAGAUAACAGCCCUCAGAAGUCUCAGUCUGACCUUGCUUAAAGGGACAGAGAGACUGCAUUCAUGGAAAUUUCAGGACAAUACCAGUGUUGGGCUUGUAAACCGUACAAUCACGCAUCCCUUAAAUCCUAAGCCGUGGGACCAUGGGCAGGAAGCUAGUUGUCAAAUGACCUUCGACCUCAAACCAGAUGAGCAGUCCAUCAUUGCUAAGUCCCUUAGGCUGGACCUCAAGACAGCAGUUUCAGAACUCUACAGGGCUGUAGUUGUGGCUGUUUCUUCUAUAGUCGUGCUAGGUGCAUGGCUGUUGGUCAUUUUCACAUAUUAUCUGACUCUUAGAUAACUAAAGCCAAGAUGGUCAGAAGCAAACUACUUACGAGCUGCAGAAGCUUGGCAUAACACAGACUGUCAUGAACUCCUGUUUUUCACAGACAUUGCAUAAGCAAAUAAGGAACUGCGAGUCAAAGCUGUUGCGAAUCAAUUUGUAGGUGGGGAAAAAAAAUCAUAUAUUUAAAAAUGAUGAUGGUGUAGAAGAAGAAGAAGAUGGUGGUGGUGAUGAUGAUGAUUGAAAUCGUAGUCUGGCUGAUCUUGGAACCUAAUAUCUCUGGAAAAGGAGAGACAUUUUUUGCUCUCCCUCCAUACCAUUCCACUUCUCCCUCAAAAUUCUUCCUUCUGCUUGAAGCGCAUCAGUCCAAUGUCUUUCCAAUGGGCAGACAGAAGUCAUAAAUUAUGGUGUAUUUAGCAGGGCUUUUAAUAGGAAUCACGGCCUCGAGAGGCAACAAUAAAUUUUAGAGGAAUAACAAAUCACAGAUAUGAUGUACAGUAUUCAGUCUUUUGAGGAACUGAUCGUGUUCUUAUCUACUCAGAAGUAACUCCUUCCUGAUUCUGUGGGACUAUGUCCUGGGUGAGUAUAUACAGGACUGCAACCUGAAGCAAAGUGUGUUAUCAGCUGAGGCUCUCCCAGAUGGACCAGUUGUUCUGCACUGAUGUUAUUGGUAU